UUGAUCAUGAAUUUCCUACCCGGUGCUGCCACAAUUGCCCUGCGACGAGACAGGGAUGCCAUGUCCAUGUUUUAUGAGGAACGCACUGCGGCCAAUCGACGUAAACACUUUAAGCUGCUCGCUCCGCCCAGGCCGGGGCUCAGUUUCUUUUUCCAUGGACUCAUACUCAAUGCAUGCGAACAUUUUACCAUCGAUUUCCUGACCUUAGAGGGUAAAGAUAGUUGUCAUCAUUGCGAUGUGUUGCUGCAGCUCGGCGCACGAUUGCCUCAGAACUAUAUUGUGCGCAACUCCCGCCUGAUGGGCAAGUGGGGAAUUGAGGAGAAUUCAUCGCCACUGCCCUUUCAACUGAGGCGCGGGGAUACUUUCUGGAUGCAGAUACUCCUCACAGUGGAAUCGUUUUACAUUUCGGUGAAUGGCUAUCAUUUUGCUGAGUACAUACAUCGCAUGCCUUACAGCUGGCUGGAGGCUGUCGAUCUGCGUGGGGACAUCGAUGACAUUGUCGUCGAUAAAUAUUAUGUGACGGAGUAUCCCAUCCGCUUGGCCCAAUCUGUGGCCCGAGCUCUGCCCUUUGUCUACGAUUCUGAUGUACUAAAAUGGCUCAAUGGUGAGGGCCAUGGUAAGCUGCAAAACUCUGGCUCCAGGGAGGCCAAAUUGGACAUUUUCUCCCGACUGCAGAAGGCCACAAGGCAAGUGACAACUAAUCUAACACUUCCAUUCUACGGCCGUGUGCCAAACCACGAGAAGCUCAUCGAGGGACGUGCAGUUCGAAUCGAGGGCCGUGUACGCCUGAAGCCACAGAGUUUCAGUGUAGCCCUGCAGCAGGGCCAGCAAAUUUGGCCACAUCCAACGGUUUCGUUCUAUUUUAGUCCAAGUUUCUUGCGCAAAACUCGCGACAAAGUUGGUAGGGUAAUCGUAACACGAAGCGCCUAUUUGAAUGGCUCCCAUGUGAAGCGGAAAGCAUCGCGGCUGCACACAACCUUGAGACCAGGAAAAGCCUUUGUCAUAUUGAUUGCAUGUCGUCCUGACUACUACGAGUUGUUCGUGAACCAAAGACUCUUGCUGUGGUUUAAGCAUCAAAUGAAUCCCGAGUGCGUGGAUAUUGUGAAUAUUCGCGGGGAUGUUAGGAUCUGGGAUGUGGUCAUCGAGACCACCAGGCUGGGGCAGCGACGAAAUGGCCGAUCAAUCAUUCAGCGUGCUAUCAGAACCCUGCGCCAGGCUCACCUUGAAUAAUAUCUUUAAAUGUUACUUUAUCUUUCUAUGCAUUGGAAGGAAACGCAACCUGUCGAAAGACAUGUUGUACAAAUUUAUAAGAGCCACGUCGUCGUCCUUAUUGCUGGCGCUCUCCACGAACGAAGAGCCCCGUGUGUGCGUAGAUUUAUGAUUUCAUCUUUGGCAAAACGUAUACAGCAUUUUCUGCAAUUAAAAUAGAUCUGCCCUGGAGUGGUGGGGAGUGCACUGCGCCGCGAUCCAACUCAUAAAUGUCAAUGUGCCUGUCGUUGUGCCCAUAAGCAGCACGCAGCAGCAGCCCAGGCCGCUCUGAAGAAGGGCCUCGGAAAUUGAUUAUUAAAAACGAUAAUCGAUUAAGGACACAGUUUUGCUGCAGUGCUCGCAGCUCUGUCAGGGUCGUCGUCGUCACUGAGCACCGAGCACCGAGCUGACGUUUAUGUCUACAUGUGUUUAGCAAGACAGUUGACAUUGUUUUGGCAUGGCC